AUGGGUUCAAUUCUUGAGGAUGUGUUAGAUUCUCCUCACAGUGUUAUAAAGUCUCGGAGUGUGUUAGAUCUUGCGGUGUUCGAUUAUAACACUGUGUUAAAGGCUUGUGGUGUGUUAACUGCUAACGGCGUUCACGUGGGAACAGUGAGCCGUUAUCAGCGUCUCAGCGGGGCGGCAGGGAGCGUUGGCUCGAGUGACGUCACGCCCACGUCAUCCCCACGUCACGGAAUUGCCAGCGCCAUGACGGAGAAGAAUACAUGGAAGUUCAUCUUGCUCUCGGAAAUUGCCGUGGCGGGGACUGGCGGCGUCCUUCUAGCAACCAGGAUUUCCAGCUACCACAUGAUACCUGUUACCAUAAAUGACAUAGUUACCGAUACCUACCGUGUCAGCAACUACCACGAGAUACCUACCACCGUCAGCAACGACUACAAUAUACCAACCACCGUCAGCAACGACUACAACAUACCUACCACCGUCAGCAACGACUACAACAUACCUACCACCGUCAGCAACGACUUCAACAUACCUACCACCGUCAGCAACGACUACAACAUACCUUCCACCGUCAGCAACGACUACAACAUACCUACCACCGUCAGCAACGACCACAAUAUACCAACCACCACCAGCAACUACUACAACAUACUUACCACCGUCAGCAACGACCACAACAUACCAACCAUCGUCAGCAACGACCACAACAUACCAACCACCACCAGCAACGACCACAACAUACCAACCAUCGUCAGCAACGACCACAACAUACCAACCACCGUCAGCAACGACCACAACAUACCAACCACCGUCAGAAACGACCACAACAUACCUACCACCGUCAGCAACGACCACAACAUACCAACCACCGUCAGAAACGACCACAACAUACCUACCACCGUCAGCAACGACCACAACAUACCAACCACCGUCAGCAACGACCACAACAUACCUACCACCGUCAGCAACGACCACAACAUACCUAUCACCGUCAGCAACGACCACAACAUACCUAUCACUGUCAGCAACGACCACAACAUACCUACCACCGUCAGCAACGACCACAACAUACCUACCACCGUCAGCAACGACCACAACAUACCAACCACCGUCAGCAACGACCACAACAUACCAACCACCGUCAGCAACGACCACAACAUACCCGCCCCCCUGAGUAACUACUACGACUUCAACUACCACAUGAAAAUAUCAAGCUGA